UUGUUGUUGAGCGCAAUAUAGUCCCAGAAUUUGAACAACCUCGAGCUAUCUUUCCGUAAUCCAAUCAGAAUCCAGAAAGCCCUUCCAAACCAAGCAGUUCCCAAGUUUCAAAGGCUGUCUGACUUUCUCCCUGGUCUUGUCAUUACGCUGUGAUAUUUCUGCAGAUUGGCCAAUAUGCGCCCGCGGGUUCUUCACCGACGUCACUUUCGUGGGAGUGGAGCCCAAUCCACGGCCACGCCUUCAUCCUCCUCCAAUGGACCAGCUUCAUCCAAUGGCAAUGCUAAACCCGGUCAGACUCGUGGAGACUCCGCCGGUCCGAUGCCUGGUUUCGCCACCUAUCAAGCGGCAAUGCACAGCAACCCGUCUGUGUUUGCGGCUUUGAAUAACAACCCCAUCAACUAUCCGUUGCCCUCUUUGCCCGCAGACGGUCAAGUCGUGUUUGAGCUCAUUAUCUUUGCCUACUCGAUGGUAGCCAUGCUUUUACAACAUCUUCACUUGUAUCGAAGUGUUUUCUGGCUUCCCCAUUCUUACAACACAGAGGCCGUGAAUUGGUAUCUCAUCGAAUGGAACAUCAUCAGUUUCGCCACUUUGUUCUUGGGACGUCGAAUCAUCUGGCUUUGCUUGAAGGGAUUGAUUACACUAAUCACUCCGAGUAAUUGGUCCCAAAGUUUCAUUAUCGUGGCUCGAAGCUUAGCUUCAUUGGGCAUUCUUGUGAAUUUAUUCUACAUCAUUUACGUGAUCCUUCUGAAAUAUCCUCUAGUCAAUCUUUUCUGUCUCAUUUAUCCCGUUGUACUCUACUUUGUGCUCUUUGGGCUAUCGGGCGAGCCCUUUCUGGAACUUAUUCCCAUCACGAGCCAAGGCAAGAUGAAACUCCAAGUGGAUCGGUCUGGCGUCUUUCGAAUCAAUUCACCCUUGGGAUCCUCGUCCACGAGUGCUACUCCAGAAAGUGUGCGAUCCGAAGUGGCCAUGCUUAAGACAGACUUCAACAUGAGGAUCAAGCAAGCCGCCUUCAAUUCUGUGUGUAGUGCGUAUUACACAACUUUUGUACCACUCUCUUUCACCUCGAGCUAUUUGUAUUACGAGAUCAGCUGGGUCAGCCGUCAUGUCAUCUUGGUCUGGGUGGGAUGCUUCACGUUGUACGCCUGUCAGUUGUUUCCAGCUGCUUACUCCCAUCUUAUGCAUAAGUCGUCCGUGUGCUCCCUUGGGAUUUGGAGCAAAAUUGAUGGCCGAUUGUCACAUAAUUUCUAUCACCAAUGGAGUCUCUCUUUUUGGUCGAAAGGUGUCAUCGUGAGACAUGGAAAGGAUCUUUAUCGCGGUGACGGCAUCGUAAAUGCGGCUGAGCCUGGAAAUAGCUCACAUACUCGAUUCUCGUGGCUUUUCUGCGACAUGAGUUUUCCGGCUCUGAUAUUGCUGGUGGUUCAAACCGGAUUGGUGGUCGCUCAACAUGUAUCGCUAAGUUUGUCCGUGUUUUGGUACAUGUUGAUCUCGGAGGCGAUCCUGCUCUUCGCCAAUUAUUAUGCUUGUUUCAAGUCAUUUCGGAAAUUCUAUGUCCUUUCCAAAGUUCAAUGUACCGAGGAAUCAUUUCUCAAAGGUGUCGAAGAGCACUUGAACUAGUAGAUCUUCGUGCUUAAUAUUUCUUUUUUGCUUAAAAAGCCCGAAUUGUCGUCAAAUAAAAAGUUAUCUCUGAUUGA